CCCAGCCAGGACGGAAGUGUGUGUCCAUUCCUCCCAGUAGGAUUAAAGCGGUUGGAGGAUCAGUCAGCAACACGCGCCCAUAAACAGGACGGGACGAGCGCGUGGGUAGCAAUAGGAGCGCACCGUGUUGUGUCUGUGUUUGUAUUUCAGAGCGCGUUUACCAGAACAGAAAAUAGAACUACAGAUAGACCAAUUGGGACUACAGAAUCGCUAUAAAACGGCCUUUCAAUUGCAACUUCGGAGUUCCUCCAGGCUUAUGCGAUUGGAGUGACUCGGAGGCUCGUGCCUUUCCCCCUUCCAAGGUUCCAGAGAGGCGCUUGGAAAAGCCCUGUGCAUUCCUCCUCGCGAAGAGAGGGAGGGAGGGAGAGAGAAAGAAGGGGGAUACGCACACGUAAAUGCAUACGUGCCUGGAGCUGGUUUCGACUGUGGGACUGUGCGUAAAGAAGGGGGGGUUUAAAAACGGAGACGGUUGGGGUUAUUUUGUCGCCAAACGGACCUAUAGAGCGGCAAUGAGAUCGAGUUGCUGUUGAGCCAAUGCUUUGAUGAAUAAUUUACGGUCUUGUUUUGGCGGAGAGAGAGCGAACCAUAACCACCGUCUUCUGCAAGCCUCUGACGCCGUCGGAGAGGGCCCGGAUGGUGGACUAGAGGGCCGACAACACUGACUCUGAAACGGGACGAAAUAUUUGCAUUGAGUAGUGUGAUGCUGUGUUGGUUGGGGAGGAAAAAAAGGAGCUGUGGGCACAAAUCUGUUUUCGGACUAUUCUAUAAACCCGCCAGGCCGCGACAUCUAAAACAAAAACAACAACAAACGAAUGAAUUAACAAAAACCAGUGAACUCUAAAGGUGGCUCUUUUGGAUUUGGCCUCAUGAAAAUAGCCCAUCCAAAAAAAAGACAGAAUAGAUUUAGGCCUAUGUAAAGUUGGCCAUAAUUAUAGGGAGUAGCCUAAAAUAAUUAUUCUAAAGCCGUAUCCAAGUGAAGAUAUUUAAUCAUUGUGAACUGAAAUGAAUGUUGCUAAUUUGAUUUGAAGAGAAUCUUAUAAAAGGGCGGCCUUUAUUUGCGUAUCUGGCGUCAGUUGAGCGUUAUUGUUUGGAGAUAACACCUAUCCUAUGUAUGUGGAGCAUUUUGACUGUAAAAAACGACCUACCUCAAGAACCUGUUUUCCACAGAAGAGAACACAAGGGGAGAAACUAACAUACGUUUCCCAAAUGAAUGCCCCAGUAAUACCCGAGUGGAUGUUCUUAUAAAGUGUAGCCUUGUUUAAAACCCCUCAGAUGGCUUCAUUCUCAGACUCAGACCUGCAAACCUGUCCUCUCUGCAAGGAGCUCUGUGGCUCCUCCUCCACUCCUAUUUCCUCCAACUCCUCCACCUCAUCCUCCUCCUCUCAUUCCUCCUCCUCGUCGUUCUCCUCCCGGCGCCUCCAUGUCCUCCCCUGCCUCCACGCCUUCUGCAGGCAGUGCCUGGAGGGCCAGCGCAGCCCUGGGGACCCUCUCAAACUCAGCUGCCCCACCUGCAAUCAGAAGGUCUCCAUCUCCGAAGCCGGAAUGGACUCCCUCCCUUCCUCCAACUUCCUCUUCAGUAACCUUCUGGAUGUGGUGGUGAGCUCCGAGGAGCAGCUCCAACUUGGCCAGAAUACCAACGGCCACCACCGGGGGGUCGGCGGGGGCUCCAUACCUGGGUUCCACCACCCCCACGGCGGGCUCCUCCGCCCGCACCGCCUGGGAGAGCCUACGUGUAGCUCCUGUGACGAGGGGAACCCAGCCAGCUCCCACUGCCUGGACUGCCAGGAGUACCUGUGCGAUAACUGCGUCCGUGCCCACCAGAGGGUCCGGCUGACCAAGGAUCACUUCAUUGAGAGGCUAGCUGAGAGCCUGCACCAGCACCAAGCGGGUCGAGGCAAGGUCAUCCCCAUCGGAGGAGGUGGAGAAGGGGGGGGAGGCGUGGGCGUCUCCCUGGCCCAGUCCUUUCACUACAACUUCUCCCUGCUACCUUUGUUCCAGGACAGGAUGAGCUUUUGUCAGACCCACGACAACGAGGUGUUUCUGUUUUUCUGUGAGACGUGCUCGGUGCCGAUCUGUAGGGAGUGUAGUGUGGGCAGACACGUGGGCCACAGCUUCGUCUAUCUACAGGAUGCUGUCCAGGACUCCAGAGCCAUCACCAUCCAGCUACUGGCCGACGCACAGCAAGGAAGACAGGCUGUACAGCUGAGUAUGGAGAAAGCCCAAGCCAUAGUGGAGCAGGUAGAAAUCAAGGCCAAGGUGGUUCAGACAGAGGUGAAGAACAUCAUCUUCAGACACAAGAAAGCCCUGGAGGAGAGAGAGUGUCAGCUACUCUGGAGGGUUGAGAAGAUCCGCCAGCUGAAAGCCAAGUCUCUGUACCUGCAGGUAGAGAAGCUGCAUCAGAACCUGACCAAGCUGGACAGCACCAUUGCAGCCGUCACUCAGGUGCUGGACGAGGGCCGUCACCUGGACGUGCUGCUGGCCAGAGAGCGCAUGCUGACCCAGAUCCAGGAGCUCAAGUCUCUCAGAGGACUGCUGCAGCCACAGGAGGAUGACAGGUUCAUGUUCAUGCCUCCAGACCAGGCCCUGUACAUAGCCAUCCAGUCCAUGGGGCUGAUCAGUAGCGGAGCGUUCGCUACCGUCACCAAAGCUCACGGAGAGGGCCUAAAGACCGCACUCCGCGGCAAGCCUGCCUCCUUCACCGUGAUUGGCUACGACCAUGACGGGGAGCCCCGCCUCUCGGGCGGUGACGCGGUGUCAGCAGUAGUGAUGGCAGCAGUGGAUGGUAACCUGUCGGCUGCCGAGGUGUGUGACCACCUGAACGGGUCAUACACAGUCAGCUAUCUGCCCAAAGCAGAGGGAGAAUAUCUGGUGUCAGUUCUGGUCUGUAACCAGCACAUCAUGGGCAGCCCCUUUAAGGUUCUGGUGAAGUCUGGGCGGAGCUACGGCGCCCUGGGGUCCCCGGUGUCUGCGUUCGGUGGUGAGGGUGAGGGGGAGGGGCAGCUAUGUCGCCCCUGGGGGAUCAGCGUGGACAAGGAGGGAUACGUGGUCGUGGCCGACCGCAGUAACAACCGCGUACAGAUCUUUAAGCCGUGCGGUGCCUUCUACCACAAGUUCGGCUCCCUGGGUUCUCGCCCCGGUCAGUUUGACCGUCCAGCGGGCGUGGCAUGCGACAGCCAACGCCGGAUCAUCGUGGCGGACAAAGACAACCACCGCGUACAGGUGUUCACUUUCGACGGGCAGUUCAUGCUCAAGUUCGGCGAGAAGGGCACUAAGAACGGGCAGUUCAACUACCCCUGGGAUGUGGCGGUGAAUUCUGCAGGGAAGAUACUGGUCUCUGACACCAGGAACCACCGCGUCCAGCUCUUUGGACCUGAUGGGUCCUUUAUCAACAAGUACGGCUUUGAGGGCGCUCUGUGGAAACACUUUGACUCACCGCGCGGCGUCGCCUUCAACCACGAGGACCACCUGGUCGUCACCGACUUCAACAACCACCGUCUGCUGGUGAUCCGGCCGGACUGCCAGUCUGCCCGGUUCUUGGGCUCAGAGGGAACCGGUAACGGGCAGUUCCUGCGUCCGCAGGGCGUGGCUGUGGACCAGGAGAACCGGAUCAUCGUGGCUGACUCGAGGAACCACCGGGUGCAGGUAUUCGAGCCCAACGGGAACUUCUUAUGUAAAUUUGGCAUGCAAGGGAGUGGCUUCGGACAGAUGGACCGCCCCUCCGGUGUUGCCGUGACGCCUGACGGAGUCAUCGUGGUCGUCGAUUUCGGAAACAACCGCAUCCUCAAGUUUUGAAGAGUUCUAAUAACGUUUUGCUUUCUUUCUUUCUCUCGCUUUUUUUGCUCUCUGUUUCUCAGUUUGGGAGAGGAAAUAAAAGAGAGAGAGAGAGGAGGAAUCAACAGACAGACACACAGAGAGGACAGUUUAAACAGAGAUGAUCAGAGCAGACGGAAAUACGUUAUUACGAAAUUAUGGGAAAACGGAUUUGUUGAUUAUUUUUUGUAUUUCUUUACAUUUAGUUUCAGAUUGUGGUAUACUGUAUGACAAAGGGGACCCCUAAGAUGAUUGAUAAUCAUUAGUGAAAGUGACAAAAAAGAGAUCCGUAAUUUCUAUUUUUUCUAUCUCAACUGCUCAGAGCUCUCUCGCUAAACUCUCCUCAAAUCGCCAUCUCAGGGACUUUUCUCACUUUUUCUUGAAAUAUUGAAUCCACUGCUCCACCACCUACCUCAUCUAGUUCUUUAUGAAUGUACUCACACUCUCCGAGCAGAGGUCUAGUCCGUCAAGUUUUACAAAGAAGAAAAGAAAGUCUACCUCAAUACUGAAUUUUAUUUAAAGAGCAACAUAAAAAUGUUUUUUUAUAUAUAUAUAUUUGCACAGGAUAAAUAGGAAUCAUGCUGUGCAUCUUGGGUAAUGUGUUUUGUUGCUGAGACACUCAGACGCUGUAGUUCUACGCUGCAUGUUUAGUUCUGGUUAUAGAAGCCCAACCUGACCUGACCUGUAGUGUAGUCUAGAGCGUUCAGUGGUGUAAUUUCAUGUUAUCUAGAUUUAGGGUAGCUUGUUAGUUAGUAAAUCUCUGUUUAGAAUUGCCCCCUCAUCUCUCAAUGUGUAGUGUCAUGGCACUGUCAAAAGAAGAAGAGAGGGUUUUAUGUAAUGCCAAGCCUGUUUAGACUGAAUCAGCGUUAGUUAGUUAGUUAGCUCAAGCCACAGGAGGAGACUGAUGUUGACAAAGGUAAAACUGAUCAGUAGAAUCAGAAGAAUCUCCUUAAAGCUUUACUAGUUUAUUGAUUAUUGAUCGCAGCGGAGCUGGGACAGAUGCAGUUUGAUGAUUGGUUGGAAUCACGAGGUAGUUGUUGUUGUGGGGAGAUUGUCCCCGCUGUCCCAAAUGAUCCUAUUAUCAAUUGAAUAUUGUUGAUUCCCCUGUCAGGCAUCAAAGUAUUACAGGAAUAUGUUCAUGAUUGAUUAAGCAAAGCAUGCUGGAUCUAUAUAUAAGAAAAAUAAUGAAAAUGCAAAAAAAUAAUUGUGUUUGUCUACUCUGAAACAGAGGGCCCACCAGAGUAUUUUAGAGGUUUAUCAGGAGUUAUCAGGAUGUUGUAUCAGUUAUUGAUUAGGAAUCGUGUCGGAGUGACAUCUUGUUGUGAAUGAUGCAGGUGGAGAACAAUGCCUCCAUAAAGAGAGCAUCUUGAGUGGCUGUCCACAGGACGUGACCGACAACAGUGAGAUCAGGGUUGGAUUGUGUGUUGAAUUGUGGGGCAUUCCGAUUGGCUCUUGGGGCCUAGAAUUGAAUCUAAUCCCCUUGUGAUGUCACUGCAAAGCCCCUCCCUAUUUAUUAACUUCCAGUCUGGAAUGCUGGAGAGAGAGUGUUCCGGAACAUGUGCAUAAAAAAAGUUAUUGGAAAUGUUUUUAAACCAUUGUCUUAAACUCAGGGCCGUGAGAGAAAAAAAUCUAAAAAGCAAUUGAACA